CCAUCCGCUUUCUCCUCUAGCCUUGAAGCGAUUCGCUUCGCUUCCGCGCAAUUACCAUCCGAAAACCGAAACCCUAAUCGCCCGCACGCCUGCCGCUCGCCCUCUCUCGAGGAGCCUUCGAUUCGAUCGCCCCUCCUCAAGGGUCGCGCCUGUCUUCCCCCGGAGCUCCGAAUAGGACUCCGACAAUUUUUACGCUUCGUCACGAUCCCGCAAGACUUCGUUUUCGAGUCAAUCAACUUAUUUCUCUGGAUAUAAAGAAAUUGGCCUGCUUAUUGAUAUGAUGAGUUUGUGUAGUGGAGGCAGUUGUACUCAGCGAGGCGAUCGAUUAUAUCUCAUAAUCAACUAUGAUGGAUGCGAAUGACAACACUGAAAUUACUGUCCACAAUCCAAGAGCUCGGAAGUUGAGAUCCUUAGUUUGGAACGAUUUCACCAAGGAGAGAAGACCAGAUGGGAGUUAUGUUGCUAUAUGCAAUCAUUGCAAGAAGCAGCUCACAGCUAGCAGCAGGAGUGGUACUACCCAUCUAAAGAACCAUCUUGUUAUCUGCACGUCAACCAAGCGAGGUAAACGCAAGAAGCUGGUCGUUCGCCGCCUUGUACUUAAGUCUAACGAUGCCAAGAAUGAAGGUGGUAUGAGUUCCGAGCACUCCCAGUUUGAUCAGGAACUGAGCCGGCAAGAUCUUGCCCGCAUGGUCAUUCUGCAUGGUUACCCAUUCAACAUUGUUCAUCAUGUUGGUUUCAGGACCUUUGUUAGGAACCUUCAACCGCUGUUUAAAAUGGUGUCUGCUGAUAUUGUGAAAGCAGAUUGCAUGAAGAUAUAUGAGAAUGAGAGGCUCAGGUUGCAUGAAAUGCUAGACAAGCUACAUUCUCGAGUUAGCAUCACAGUCGAUAUGUGGAAAUCCAUUGCAGACAUGGACUAUGUGUGCUUGACCUGCCACUAUGUUGAUAAUGAUUGGAGACUUGAGAAGAAAAUUCUCAACUUCUUUCCUCUUGAGCCUUCUGAAGUGGGGCAGGAUGUGAGCAAAAUCAUAUUGGAGAGAUUGCGGGAAUGGAGUAUUGAUGGAAAGCUCUGUGCUGUAGUGCUAGACAAUUGUAGCACCAGUGAUUUGGUUGCGAAUGAGCUUAUAGAGUGCCUCCGUAUGAAAGGUUUUCUUAUUUCAGGUGGUGAUCUAUUUUCUGCCCGGUCCUGUGGUCAUUUGCUGAAUCUCAUUGCUCACAAAAGUCUAGAAGUAGCGUGUGAAGUCAUUGAUAGAGUUCGUGUCGGUGUGCAAUUUGUAAAAACCUCACCCGAAAGGCUAUCCAGAUUUCAGAAAGAUACAGAUCAAAUAGGAAUCCCAGAAAAGCCAUUGGUUCUUGAUGCUCCAUCUAGUUGGCCGUCGACAUAUAUGAUGCUUGAAACUGCAUGUCAUUAUGAGGAGGCUUUCAAACACUUGGCAGAAAGUGAUCCGGACAAUGCAAGCUUUCUUUCGCCCAAGGAUUGGGAAGAUGUUAGAGCGAUUGUGGAGUGCCUAGAUGUUCUUUACCAGGCUUUGGAGAAGUUCUCUUCCACAAGAAUUCCUACUGCAAAUCUGUACUUCAAUGACAUGUGUGGUAUUCAUUUUCUUUUAAAGACCUGGUACAAGAGUCCACAAUCUUUUGUUGCAUCUAUGGCUAAGGAGAUGCUUGAGAAAUUUGAACGUUAUUGGGACUUGAGUAGAAUGUUAAUGACAAUUGCAUCUGUUUUAGAUCCACGCUACAAGAUGAAGUCUGUCGAAUACUUCUUUAAGCAAAUUUGCGAUGAUGCAUUGGAAGCUAAAACAAGGAUUGACAAUGUUCGCGACAGCUUUAUAAAUCUGUACAAUGAGUAUGUGGGCCACUCUGCAAAUUCUUCAAAACUUCAAGCCUUUUAUGCCGGGAACAGUGGUGGCUAUAAUGGGAAUGAACAUGUAAAUGGUGGAGAAUAUAAGACAUCUCGAAUAACAUUAUCUGAUACACAGCGUGGAUUAGAUCAGUAUCUUAAAGAGACAUCCUCUGGUCAUCCAGCAAGAUCUGAUCUCGAUAUGUACUUGGAGGAGGCUGUUCAUCCUUCAAAAGGUCCUGAAGAUAAUUUUGAUAUCCUAGCGUGGUGGAAAUAUAAUGCUGCCAAAUAUCCAGUGCUUUCUAUGAUGGCUCGAGAUAUUAUGGGGGUUCCUAUAUCAGUUGUUCCAUUAGAUAAUGAAGCAAGAACUCUAAAUCAGUAUUUAAGUUCGACAGAUCCAAUGAUUAUAGAAUGCUUGAUAUGCUCUCAGGAUUGGAUAGGCGAUGAAACAGAUGCGUCACCUGUGGAUGCUCUAGCAGUUGUUCCUUCCACAACUCUGUUGGAGGCUAACGGUGAUGAAUGCAUGCUACCUGCUAGUGGUGACUGAGACUACUAAAUUUGGUGUUGAUUUCUAGCAUCUGUGUUGCCCUUCUGGAGCUGGAGAUGCUUGCCCUUUGCAUGAACAGCCAUUCUGGUACUUAAAUUUAGCUUUUUGGAAUUAUAUGUAGCAUUUCUUAUCCCCUAUGAUAACAUCUUCAUUGUAUAGAAACUGUGUAAUUCACAGUGCAUAUACAGCAGUGAUGUGUCAUGAUCGUGGGUACAAAAUUAAUAAAGUAAAAAAAAAAGGACUCGGGACGUGGACUUUCUGCUGUUGCAUUAUGCACCAUCGUGCCAUAACCCGCAGAGUGGGCAACUGCAACGUCUCAUGUUCUCUAUAUAUUUUUAUUUUUUUAAUUAAAAAAAGUGUUGUGUGUCAUUAACUAAUCCACUAAUUAAUCACUCUCAUGUUAAUUACCUAUUUAAUGCGUAUCUGUCUCUUUCCUCUGCGUUCUGCUUCGAAUCGACGGUUGCUGUCCUGCAACGUAAAAGAGUAGGGAGGGAAGGAAUAAGACAAAAAGAAGGAAAUCCACCGCCUUCGCGUACGACGACGACGGCCGCGAUUGUCGCUGCAGUUCUAGUGGGUGGUAGGGCAUCCACCGCCUUCAAUCUGCUGCCCUUCUUCUCCUCCAGUCAAAUCUCCCGCCCAUCCCUUCGAAAAUUUUCUAUUCAAUUUCCCAGAUCGCUCCGUUUUCCUACUUUGCCUCGCAUUAUUGUUUUUGUCGGCCAAAGUUUCGAUUUUGACCAGCGAUUUCCGAUAAAGGACCGGCCUUUGGGAUUCUGGGAAGAAGGAGGGUAUAUAUCGUUAUUCAGUACUCCGUCAUGCCGAAGAAGAGGAAGGCGGCUAAGCGCAAGAAGAAGAUGGCCGCCGCCGCCACGGCGGAUGUUGCUCCUAAUGAUCAUGGGCAUCACGACGAUGGGGUGCUGCCUCCGCCUGAGGAGAUCAAGGAACACGAUGGCGGAUCCACGGCGUCUUCUUCCUCUGCAUCAUCGUCGCCUCGAGAGCACCAUUGUUCUUCAUCUGCCGAAGAGUUCCCUGGAUCUGAACCCGUUGCCUUUAAUGGAUCCACUGAAGGAGUGGUCUUAGUCGAGCACGACCUGGUGGAGGAAGACUCUUCUAUUGUUGUAGAGGAAACAACUUUUAGCUCUACCACAGAGUUCUUUGCUAAAUCCGAGGCUUCCCUUGUCCAAACUACUAAAUAUAACAAGGAAGACGAGGGAUCUGUUGUUCCUGUCGAAAAGAUUGCUGUUUUGGCUGAAGAGGAAAGGCAAGGCGAUGAGAUUGCUUUGGCUGAAGUCCAAGUGAAAGUAGUGCUGCUUACUGAUGUACAUGAGACGGUUGAAGAACAACUCGAUGAGAAUCAUGGAGACCAUUGUUUUGGUGGAAAAGCUAAGGCUUUACCUACUAUUGAGCUUGCGCCGUCUCCUCUGGUGGUAGUUCGUCCGACGACUUGGUGGAGUUGCUGUGGAUUGCUUGACGUCUUUGCAGGUUCAGGGAGAUAAACUAAACAAGUGAUGCAGAACCUUGGGCUUGUUCCUUGAAGACCAACGCUCGAUAUAGAGUUUGAGACAAGGCUUUUAUGCAACUUUUGUUGUAUUUCUUGUUUGCUUUGCUGUAGUUAAAUUUAUGGACAUCUCGUUAUUAUAAUAAAACUCUUUGGAUUUGUGUAUUACGCAAA